AUGGGGCGCUGGGCCUGGGUCCCCAGCCCCUGCCCCCAACUUGGGCUGUCCCUGCUCCUGCUGCUGCUGCUGCUGCUGGUGCCUCGAGGGGCUCAGCCCCAGGCUGGCAGGAACCCAACGGAACCCCCAGAAUGUAACGCCACGGUGACCCCUGGGACUCCCGCGAUCCCCGUGACCUCGGUGACCCCCAGGACCCCCGCGAUCCCCGUAACCUCGGUGACCCCCAGGACCCCAGCCACAGCGACAGCACCCAGGGCAGAGGGACCCCAUGGAGGAGGGCUUACCCACCUGCCCAGGGCAGCCCCCUCCAAUAGCAGCCCUGGGGGCACAGUGCUCACCGAGGCCGGGCAGCCCUGCAGGUUCCCCUUCCGCUACGGCGGCCGCAUGGUCCACUCCUGCACUACAGAGGGAAGCGCCCACAGGAAGUGGUGUGCCACGACUCACAACUAUGACCGGGACAGGGCCUGGGGCUACUGUGUGCAGGCUUCCACCCCCCGGGAGGGCCCAGCUGCCCUGGACCCAUGUGCCUCUGGCCCCUGCCUCAACGGGGGCUCAUGCUCCAGCACCCAGGACCCCGAGUCGUACCACUGCACCUGCCCCGUGGCCUUCACUGGCAAGGACUGCGGCACGGGGAAAUGCUUUGACGAGAGCCGCUACGAGUACCUGGAGGUGGGCGAUCGCUGGGCCCGCGUGCACCGGGGCCAAGUGGAACAGUGCGAGUGUGCGGGGGGCCAGGUCCGGUGCCAGGGCACUCGCCACACAGCUUGUCUGAGCAGCCCCUGCUUGAAUGGGGGCACCUGUCACCUGAUCGUGGCCACCGGGACCACUGUAUGCGCCUGCCCCCCAGACCACGCCGGGCGGCUCUGCAACAUUGUGCCGGCCCAGUCCUGCUUUGUGGGGAGUGGCACCGAGUACCGAGGCGUGGCCAGCACGGCGGCCUCGGGCCUCAGCUGCCUGGCCUGGAACUCCGACCUGCUCUACCAGGAGCUGCACGUGGACUCUGUGGGCGCCGCGGCCCUCCUCGGCCUGGGGCCCCACGCCUACUGCCGGAACCCGGACAAGGACGAGAAGCCCUGGUGCUACGUGGUGAAGGACAGCGCGCUCUCCUGGGAGUACUGCCGCCUGGCAGCCUGUGGAUCCCUUGCCAGAAUCCAGCCCCCGCCCACCGAGGCCCUGCUGAGCCUGCCUGGGCCCCCGGCAGCUGGACCAGCCGGACGCCAGACCUGUGGCAAGAGGCACAAGAAGAGGAGCUUCCUACGGCCACGCAUCAUCGGUGGCUCGUCCUCGCUGCCCGGCUCCCACCCCUGGCUGGCCGCCAUCUACAUCGGGAACAGCUUCUGUGCCGGGAGCCUUGUCCAUACCUGCUGGGUGGUGUCUGCCGCCCACUGCUUCUCCAACAGCCCCCCCAGGGAAAGUGUCUCUGUGGUGCUCGGCCAACACUUCUUCAACCGCACGACGGCCGUGACGCAGACGUUCGGCAUAGAGAAGUACAUCCCGUACCCCUUGUACUCGGUGUUCAACCCCAGUGACCAUGACCUCGUUCUGAUCCGGCUGGAGAAGAAGGGGGAGCGCUGUGCUGUCCGCUCCCAGUUCGUCCAGCCCAUCUGCCUGCCUGAGCCCGGCAGCACCUUCCCGGCUGGGCACAAGUGCCAGAUAGCGGGCUGGGGCCACCAGGAUGAGAAUGUGAGUGGAUACUCCAGCUUGCUGCGGGAGGCCCUGGUCCCCCUGGUCGCCGACCACAAAUGCAGCAGCCCGGAGGUGUAUGGGGCCGACGUCAGCCCCAACAUGCUCUGCGCCGGCUACUUCGACUGCAGGUCUGACGCCUGCCAGGGGGACUCAGGCGGGCCCCUGGCCUGUGAGAAGAACGGCGUGGCCUACCUGUACGGCAUCAUCAGCUGGGGAGACGGCUGCGGGCAGUUCAACAAGCCCGGCGUCUACACCCGCGUGACCCGUUACGUGGACUGGAUCAGCGACCGGAUUCGGCCCCCCAAGCGGCCCGUGAAUCCCUCCUGAGACCACCCCUGGGGACAUCGUGCCUCCUGCCGUUCCCUCCUCACUGGCAAUAAACGUGUUUCCAAAAAGACCCCGGCCCACACUGCCUGUCCCGCUGCCGCCAGCUCAGCCUUCCCCGCCCCCAGGCCGUGACCCCCGACCCAGCUUUGUGGAUGCUGUGGCUUCAGGGCUGGGGCCCCCAAGCCAGCACCCCAGCUGCUCAGAGGAGAAGGGAGCCUGUGACCCCACAGGGAGGGUCUGGCCCCACGGCCAGGGCAGUCAGGACGGGGAUCCAGACGAGACCUUCUCCAGAGCAGGAGCUGUGCCCAGCCAGACCCCGCUCAGACCCUCCCCCAGGCAAGUGGGGCUUGGGUCCGGGCGCCUUGGGCUGUCCCACGGCAGCGGACGCUAGAACUUAAGACAGGUUAUUUGGGAAAACCCCUGGCUAUCAUUUUGCUUCAAGGAGGCAGCCCGCCCGACUGCAGCUCUCCCUCAGCCGUGUUUUCUAGGUGGGGAGAACUGGAGACUUCCUCUGAAGGAAGCCAGGGGAAGGGAGGAGCCCCAAUGCCAGGGUGAGUGGAGGGUAGCGGGUUGCACCAGCCAGGCAAGACACUGUGGGCACGGGAUCUGAGAUGCCCAAAGGGCCCAGAAUCCUGGGCCAGAGGAAGCAGCACAUGCAAAGGUCCUGAGACAGGAGGC